CAACCGAUUCCCCGGAUGAGACGUAACUAGGGCGUUAAAAAUUAACAUACUUCUUCCAAAAAGGUUGUUAAAGAUAACAAAAAUUCUGAAACUUAAAACGAACCCUGAAUUACGUUCCGCUUUGCGAUAUAAGUCGUAUAAUAGAAUACAUUUACUAAAUAAAAAUUGCUAUCUCAUUAAACCCUAUUAAAAAUUAAAAAAAUAGUUACAAAAAAUUGUGAUCAUGAUGUAGCAAUUAUCUCGGUCCGGUCAGUUUUUAGAAGUCAGGACGUAGUGCUGGGUUAGUGAGAUCACAAAGCUUGAUGCUCUCAUCAAUCUUCCAUUAUGGUUUUCAGAAACUGACAGCAGUUAGUCUGUUUACGACAAUGAUGACUGAAUAGUAAGUACUGCCAGUCGUAAUUUAAGAACGGCAGGCAACUUGAAGAGAGAUCAGAACUGCUCAUAUCUACACAGAUUACCCGUCGUAGUCGUGAAAACACCAUGGUUAGCAAAAUCUGUCCAUCAGUCAAUGGGGACCCCAGCAAGGAGCCGCCGGCUGCGCUCCAAUAUGGCAACAAGAUUUUGCCAUUGCUGGUUUUUACGGACGUUCUAUUUUGUCAAUUCGUCGUUUCUCCGCUUGUGAUCUCGCAUUGGGCUUAUGUGUGGGAGCUGGCUGAGGCCACUGGAAGAAACUUCCACAGUGCAGGAAUCUGCGCAUUGAUUGGCUUCAUUAUAUUGAUAUGUGCAAGCGUGGCUCAGUUCUGGCUGAAGAGGCAUGCCGUCAGUAAACGAGGAAACGCCGUUCCGCUGUUCGCUAAAUUCUACUUGAUAUCAACGUCGUUUGCGUCAAUCGUUUCUUGGCGAGGCGUCUGGUCAGCGAUGGACCUACAAUUUGGAACAGAUUUGACUUCGUGCGCGUACACAUUCGUGCUUGGUGUCGGUAUACUUCUAUCGAUGGGCGGCUUGAAAACGGCUGCGGCAUCACCCCCAUUUCUGACACUUAACGACGAUGUCCUUCGGCUUGGAGGCGCGGUCUACGAUUUUCCUACGAGAUUUAGUGCAAAAAACGUACUUGGUCUAAUGUUGGAUUCCGGGUUCAGCGUUAUUGUACCAACAGUGGGCGUGGUCGGACUAUGGCGCGCGCUAUGGAUCCCGCAAGAUUUAUACAUAAUAUUUGAAGACGAUCCAACCCAUUUUCGAUCAAAUGCUAUUUCGUGUGUCCUAGGCUGGGGUUCCACCCUUAUCUUACUGGCGUUCCAAGUACCUAUGGAUAAGGUUUGCGUUAAACUUGAGCAUCGGCUUAACUGGUGGGCUCGUUUCAGCGUCGAGUCACUGUGGUCCUUUCUACAGAUUUGUGCUACAGUACUACUCUGGCGAGGCAUCUGGAAUUUCAGCUUGAUAUAUCUAGAAGAUUGGUUCCCUGAAACCCCUCUCUUACACGUGAAAAUAACGCUGACGUGCGCUACGCUACUUCUUCUUCUUGGGUUCUCCAUUUACUCAAACUCGGCGGCUAAAGGAUGCGUCUCCGACGGUUACGGGAUCGGCUAUUUCAUCAGUUUUUUUGGUGCCAUUCCUGAGGUAGCUUUAAGGCAACCACAAGACCAUACACUUUUAACUAGCUAUAAAUAGACAAAAUACGUACCAUUACAGUACAGAUGUGAUAUCUGAAGUAAUAAGAUGCUCUAAUGAGACGUUUGUAAUUUGUUGAUUAACUGAGUAUUUUAGGGAUGCACCUAAGGAGGAAGUUGUCACGGUUACCUCUGCUUGUUUAGGACGUAACUAAAAAAAAACUAGAAGAAUUGGGUUCAUAAUUUUUUUUUACAGUGUUUAGUACAGCUCAUUCUAAAAUCUAAUCCUUCUUUAUAUAUGCAUCAUCGAUUAUCUGUUAUAAUGCUUACCACAAAAGCUACACUGA